AGCCAGCCGAUGAGGUCGGGCAAUACUCCAGGAGGGCGGGCCAGCCGUGCGCGCUAGGCGGGCCCUCGGGCGGCGCCCCACGAAUCAGAGCGACGCUUCGGAGGCAGCCGCCCAAUGAGGAGCGAGGGGGGCGUCGCCCGCGCUUCGUCUUACUCCUCAGUCGGAACGCUCGGGGCGUCUGGAAAGCGGUUUGUGGCGAGCGCCGCGGAGGGCGAAGGAAGGGGCAGCGGUGGCGGCGCGGUUAUGAGGAUGGCAGCGCUGGCGAGCCCGGGCGAGCGGGCUGUACUGGAAGAGGAGUUCAAGUGGCUUUUACGAGAAGAAGUUCAUGCUGUCCUCCGGCAGCUGCAAGAUAUUCUGAAGGAGGCUUCUCAUCGGUUCACUUUGCCCGUGAGCGGCUCAGAGGGGCCCAUCAAGCAGGAGAACUUCAUCCUGGGUAGUUCAAAUGCUGACCAGGUGAAAGGAGUCCUGACACUCCAAGGAGAUGCCUUGUGCCAGGCGGAUAUCAACUUGAAAAUCCAUAGGAGUAACCAGCUCCUGCACUUUGCAUUCCGGGACGACAAGCAAUGGAAACUGCAACAGAUCCAGGAUGCAAGGAACCAUGUUAACCAGGCACUCUACCUGCUGACCAACAGAGGGGCCAAUUACCAGUUCAAGACUGGCUGCGAGGUCCUCAAGCUCAUGGACGCCGUGAUGCUGCAGCUGACGAGGGCUCAGAAUCGACUCACCACCCCAGCUACCCUGACCCUUCCAGAAAUCGCCUCCAGCGGCCUCACGAAAAUGUUCACUCCUGCUCUGCCUGCAGAUACCCUGGUGAACUUUUACAUCAACUUGAAUAAGCUCUGCUUGACAGUCUACCAACUGCACUUGCUGCAGCCCAGCUCUACAAAGAACUUCAGGCCUGCUGGAGGGUCCAUUCUGCACAACCCAGGAGCCAUGUUCGAGUACGGCAACCAAAGGUAUGAAGUCAGCCACGUCCACAAGGUGGAGUGUGUCGUUCCCUGGCUCAACGAUGCCCUCGUUUUCUUCACGGUAUCCCUGCAGCUCUGCCAGCAGCUGAAGGACAAGAUUGCUGUCUUUUCUGGCUACUGGAACUACCGGCUGUACUGAUCGUGACUCGAACCCUGGCCCCUCUGCCACUCUCUUCCUGGGAGGAAAUCAUUGCAUAAGCUGUUUGAGAGCCACGGACAGAGCCCACCACUCACGGGGGCUGCUGGCUAGGGCCCUGUGCCCAGUGUUGGCGUGUGUGUGUGUUUGUGUGUUUGUGUGUAGAAUGCCCUUAUUUAUUAGCACUUUAAGAGUACACACAUUUCUUUCCAUGCCUGUCGAGAUGGGGGGCUUAGAAAAGCUGGUUAACUGGAUCCCACCCUUCGCGGGGGACAGGCGCAGUUGUGAGCCACACUGUGAAGGAGUCCAGGAUCAUGACCACCCCGAGGGACUGCUCCCAUCCCCAGGUGGCAAAAGGGACCAGCUCUGUGAUGGACCACCCCUUCCCUAACCAUUCCUUGUAACUUAUUUGGGAACUGCUUCACGUGUCCCUUCAUUCCUGGCACCGGUGUGACUAUUUAUCUCUACCAUUCUCCCUCUGCGACUUAGUCUGGGAGGCCUAGGGAACAAAUCCCCCUCCCCACCCCGGUGGUAGGCGAAAACCUGCUUUUCACCAGAGGCACCCUAUGUGCCAGAUCUUCCACUGAGUUAUCUCUUUACCUCUCUGCCACCAGGUGACCGCGUGGUUGGUUGCUGCUAAACUUGUGUGAAUCAUUCCUUGGAACAAAUCUGUCAUUGUGAAUAAAAGAUUCUUGAACACA